UAGACCGAGAGGGAGCGAUUAACGGGGUGGCUGUGCAAGACAAUUGGUAGCCUAUAUCAGUGAGAAAAGUAAAUCCAGACUAAUACAUGUUGAGUGUUUCCUAUCACACAGGACUGAAAACGCAGUAGCUACUGGAAUAAGGCUAAACAAGAGCCCUCUCCCUCGCCCUUUCCAAGUCUGUGCCGAGGAGGGUGGCAGGUGUUCAGUUGAGGGAGACGCAUCGGUUCAGUCGGCUCCCCGAGCUUCAACAGGGACCCCGGACGAAGAGGGAGAGAGAGAGGAAAGCAGCCCGAACGCCACAAACUGAUGCUAAACCAGAGUAUGAACGGACAACGAUAAAAACGUUUCUGAAGUAGACGUAACAGACCCGGGCGGAGUGUUUUGGUGGACCGUUGAAGCCUGGAUAAAGAAGCGAAAGGCUCCAGUGUCGCAGCAAUGAGAGUUAAUAUUAACGUCUUUCUGUAACGGCUUUCACUUAAAACCAACUGGUACUUUUUGACUUGUGCCAUCUCUUCGCCUGUUUGUGUGUUCGUAUAAAAGGAAGAAAAAACUCUCGGUUGCUGCUGAGAAACUUGUAAAUGCGUUCAUGUUUUCUGCUAACCUGUUGUGUCAUUUUUCCGUGUAAUCCGAAACGCGGCGGUAUUACGGGCAAGUUAACCUAUCUGGUAUCCUAGACAAGAGUCCCAUUCCGGGAGAGCGGUGGAUAAUUUCGACCCGUGACGACUUGGGUUAACAGUUAAUUAGGAUAUCUUAACUUCAGAUAACACACCGCAGCCCGCGCUUCUCCAUCACUACACUUCUCUGUGCAGUUUGUUUGCGGUCAAAAACAAGGGGGUAUACACAGAAUCAAUUACUGAAUUGAUUUUACAUGGAUGGAUAAUUUACGUGAUGUAUUGCUUCUCCGUUAAUACGACCACUGUGUGUCUGAACAGCUAAAUGAUCCGCUGGGCAAAUCCCCCGGUGAAGACAUCAAAACAAGCGCGGAUUUGAGGUUGAUAGCCGGGAAUAAGCCGAUAAGUCUAAAAACACACUCAAAUGUAUUAAUUCCUUUGCUCGGAUCAAUCCAAAUGAAAAUGAGGUAUCGCAGGACGCAGAAACACACGGACUCCGCCACAGCAGAUAGAGAUUACUGUGCUAUCACACCGUGAAGACUAGUGAGGGAAAGUGUUUUUUGUUGGUAAGGCGACCCCCCUCCACCGUCCCUUCUCGUUCUCCCGCCGCCUGCAGAGUUUUGCAGACCGGAGCUGGGAAAUCAGAGAGCGGGGAGCUUGUCGGUAGCGGCUGCGGUGAACUCCCGGAGCUCGGAGCUCCGCUUCGCCGGGAAAGCGCGGAGGUGCCGGGGCUGAAGCCCGUUUCCUCACCGCACGGACUUCUUCCCAUUCGUGUGCGGGGCUUAGAGAGCGAAAGAGAGCUGCAGCAGCAUAGCAUAAGCGGACACGGACACUGUUGGUCCCCUCUCUCCCGCAUGAUGACACCAGGAGUUUGCUGCCCUGAGAGGUCCCCGGAGCGUGUGGAGGGACCAGCAGCAGGGAACCGGCAGAAGAUGACGGGGACAGGGACGACCCGGAGUGGGAGCCGGUGUCAUCCUCUUUUUCUCCUGCUCCUUCUUGGCAGCAGCUGCCACAUGUUGCACGGCCAAGAGGUGGCUCCCUACCUGCGAGCUGGUGGACUGGGGCAGCAGGCGGUGUUGGAGGGAAACAGACUGGUGCUGACCUGCCUGGCUGGAGGCAGCUGGCCUCUGCAGUACCGCUGGACUCUCAACAACAGUAACAUCACUGACUGGACACCACAGUACAGGUUGACUGUCUCGUCUCUGAAGAGGACUGACACUGGCCAGUAUCAGUGUACGGCGAGGAACAGGAUGGGAGCAGUCAUACACCGGAGAACAGAGGUGCAGGUGGCCUUUUUGGGAAACUUCUCCGCUGAGGAGCAAAGGAAGACGGUGACUCAGGGCCGAGCAGCCAUCAUCAGCCAGCCUCCCCUCGCUUCUUUCCCUCGACCCUUGGUCACAUGGUACAAAGAUGGACACAAGAUAAUCCCCAACAAUCGAAUAGCAAUCACUUUAGACAAUCAGCUCGUCGUCUUGGCAACCACUGCGGCAGAUGCAGGGCGUUACCACGUGGAGGCGGUGAACGAAAUGACAGGAGAGAGUGUGACGAGUCCCGCCGUCUACCUGAGCAUCGCAGUUGGCAAGAAGAACCGUGGGUCACCAGAUCCUGAAUCAGAACUUGUGGCUCCGGCGAUUGUGAUCGGACCCAAAGACACAACUGUGGUGGCAGGCAGCGAGGCUACAUUGGAGUGCAUUGCCAAUGCCAGACCAAUGGACAUCCUCGUGGUGUCUUGGAAACGUGAUGGGCGUCGGCUGGCUAAUGGGUGUAGACUCAUUAUUCCUGCCCCCACCUCUUCUGACACAGGGUUAUAUGUUUGUGAAGCAUUGCUUAGCAACAGCACUGCCAAACCUGUGGAGGCUAGGGCACACCUCACUGUAAUGGAGCCACCUUCUCUGACUGCUCAACCUAAGAGGAAGAUCUUUGCUGAUCUCGACAGGAAUAUAGAUAUACCCUGCAUGGCUACAGGUGUGCCUCAGCCCAGGAUAGAGUGGUUUAAGGAUGCGGUGCCUCUCUCCAAACUGGCCAACCCUCGAUACAAGGUCACAGCAGCAACCGGGCUGACGGUGCGAAGGGUGCAGCCGGGAGACGGAGGAAUAUUCCAGUGCUUCGCUCGCAACGCUGCCGGGGAAACCCAGGCACACACACAACUCCUUGUCUCUAGUGUGGCCCCGACAUUUACAUUCCCUCCGUCUGACCAAACAGUAACUGAUGGGCACAUAGCCUUGUUUACCUGCCAGACAAGUGGAGCUCCAAAACCUGCCAUCACCUGGAGGAAAGGAUCACAGGUCUUAGCUAGUGGCUCUGUCCAGGUUCCUGGUUUCACACUUUUGCAGUCAGGUGGUUUGCUGAUUCAGCCAAUCAGCUUCCAGGAUUCAGGAGAAUACACCUGCAUUGCCUCCAACUCAGAGGGAACCAUUAACACCACUGCUACUCUCACUGUUUGGAGUCGGACAGUCAUUUCUGUGCCUCCUACAGACCAGCGUGUUAUUAAAGGAACCACUGCUAUUCUGGACUGUAGUGCUACACAUGACCCCAGAGUCAAUAUCAGCUUUAAAUGGGAUCGAGGUGGAGUCCCGGUCCUUCCAACCAGUGGAGGCCGUGUCUCUGUGCGCCAGGGCUCCCUGACUAUUGGCCAGACAUGGUCCGGUGACAUCGGGGACUACACCUGCACCGUGACAUCACAGGCUGGCAACGAUUCUCGCUCUGCACGUCUCGAAGUCAUUGAGCUGCCUCACUCUCCUCGCUCGCUGACUGCCCGUCUCAAUGACUCUGACUCCCGCUCUGUCCUCCUGUCCUGGCUACGCCCCUUUGAUGGGAACUCCCCACUUCUGUAUUACCUUCUGGAGCUCUCUGAGAAUAACUCACCGUGGAAGGUCUACCUAUCAGAGGUCGAUCCUGUUGUGACCGAGGUAUCAGUGGGCGGGCUCACACCUGCCAGGACCUAUCAGUUCAGACUUUGUGCUGUCAAUCAAGUAGGCAGGGGUCAGUACAGUGCUGAGACGCAGAGAUUGAUGCUGAGGGAGGAGGCACCCAGCGCUCCUCCAAAGAAUAUUGUAGCCAGUGGGCGGACAAACCAGUCCAUCAUGGUCCAGUGGCAGCCUCCGCCAGAACCUCAGCUCAACGGAGUCCUCCGAGGAUAUGUACUCAGGUACCGUCUGGCAGGGCUGCCAGGAGAUUACCAGGAGAAAAACAUCAGCAGCCCAGAGACCAACUACUGUCUGCUGAAAGAUCUGAUCAUCUGGACGCAAUACCAGAUCCAGGUGGCUGCCUACACUGGAGCCGGCCUUGGUGUCUACAGCAGCCCUGUCACGGAGUACACUCUUCAGGGAGUUCCCACAGCACCUCCGCAGGAAGUGGAAGUUGUCGCUAUCAACUCAACAACCAUCCGCUUCACCUGGAACCCUCCGCCUCAGCAGUUUAUUAAUGGCAUCAACCAAGGAUACAAGCUGCUAGUCUGGCCAGAGCAGUCUCCAGAGGGUGUUAUCGUGGUAACCAUCACCCCAGACUACCCCGGUUCACGCCACACAGGAUUAGUCAGCGGACUCAAGAAAUUCACCUGGUACUUCGGCUCCACCCUCUGCUUCACAACACCUGGAGACGGCCCACGCAGCCCGCCCACCCUGCUGCAGACACACGAGGACACACCUGGACGUGUUCGUCAACUGAGCUUCACUGAAAUCUUGGACACGUCACUCAGAGUCAGCUGGACAGAGCCUGAAGACAAGAACGGCAUUGUAACUGGCUACGUGUUGUGGUGGGAAGUGUCUGGCGUAGAGUCGAGUCGUGAGGAACGUUCACUGUCCAACUCCACCCUGCAGUACCAGCUGACCGGCCUCACCUCCACCACCAUGUACACACUACAGGUGGCAGCACUCACCGCCGCAGGACGGGGCGUGGUCACAUCCUCCACCAUCUCCACUGGAGUCCCACCAGAACUUCCUGGUGCACCAUCAAACUUAGUCAUCUCCAACAUCAGCCCUCGGACAGCAACACUUAGGUUCCGCCCUGGUCUGGAUGGCAAGACCGCCAUAUCUCGAUGGAUAGUAGAAGGCCAGGUGGUGAAGGAUGGAAAAGAUGAGGCAUGGCGAGUCGUCCUCCAGAAAAACAACCAGCCAGAUGCAGACACACUGGAGAUCCCCAACCUCACACCGUUCACCCAGUACAGGUUCAGGAUGCAGCAGGUGAACAUUGUCGGCGCCAGUCCCAUGAGCGCCCCCUCCAGGCUGAUUCAAACCCUACAGGACGCCCCUGACACACACCCCUCUAACCUCACUCUGCAGUCUGCCACACAGACCAGCCUGUGCUUCAACUGGAAGCCUCUUCCAGAGUCCGAGUACAACAGCAGUCCAGAGACUGUGGGAUACAGGCUGCGUGUGUGGAGGACAGACGGCCAGGGGGAUGACAGGACUGAGGAUGUGGAAGGAGCAGGAGGGACCAGUGAGGCCACAAUAGAGGGCUUGAAUCCCUGGACCCAGUACCAGGUUCAGAUACAAGCCUACAACUCCAUAGGACCUGGACCAUGGAGCAGCACUGUUGCUGCACACACUGCAGAAUCUGUUCCAUCUGGAUCUCCAGUGAAUGUGACUGCUGAGGCUGUGAGUUCCACCAGGAUCCUGCUCACAUGGUCUGCUCUCCCUCUGGCACAGAAGAACGGAGUCAUUCUGGGAUAUAAGGUGUUGUACAGCGAGAAGGAAUCAGAAGGUCCCCCCAGUGUUCAGCUGGCAGAAGGAGAGGGGAGUGUGUCGCUUCUCCUCGGGGUUCUCCAAAAAUACACGGUGUACGUGCUGCAGGUGCUGGCUUACACACGGUUGGGUGACGGUCCACCCAGCAACCCCAUACUGCUCAGAACCAAAGAAGAUGUCCCAGGCCCCCCUGUCAGGAUGGUGUUUCCAGAAGUUCGAUUGUCAUCAGUUAGGGUGGUUUGGCAGCCACCCACAAACCCCAAUGGCAUCAUAUUAGGCUACCAGAUCUCCUACCGCUUAGACAGCAGGGACCCUCAGCGCUGGACCACAGUGGAGGUGGGCUCCAAUGCACGACAGUUCACCGUCACAGGACUUUCCCCUGAGCAGAACUACAUGUUCCAGCUCACUGCUCGCACCGCCGUAGGCUGGGGGGAGGAACAGGAAGCCCUAGUUGUUACCACUGAACGUAGAGAGCGUCCCCAGCCACCCAGGAAGUUGUCUGUUCCUCAGGACGGGGUCGAAUCUCGCCGUCUUCGCCUCCUCUGGGUUACAGGUGGUUCAGGGUCUUCCCCGCUGAGGUACUUCACUCUGCAGGUCAAAGAGCUGCCCAACGGAGACUGGAAGACACACACCGCAGACAUCUUGCAUAAUGUGACCACCUGGACCGUUAACAGGCUGAAGCCCUUUACAUCAUACAAGUUUCGUAUGCUGGCCACCAACGAUGUAGGAGACAGUGUCCUCAGCAAAGAGACGGAGGCGGUUACAACUCUGCAGGAUGUGCCUGAUGAGCCUCCAGUGAUCCUGGCAGUGAAACCAACAACCACUACCUCAGUCCUGGUGCAGUGGAAGCGCCCCAGUGAUGACAGUAUUAACGGGAUGUUGACUGGGUACCGGCUGUAUUAUAGAGAGCUCCCAGUAAACACCUCCAGUUUCGCUGAAGCAGAAGUCCAGGCAACCAAAAACAACACCACAAGUGCCCUCAUUACAACCAAGAGCACCUUCAAGACAGUCAGCAGCGCUUCACUAACAGAGUUUGAGUUGACACAACUAAAGAAGUUCAAACGCUACCAGAUUGUUAUGACAAGCUACAAUAUCAUCGGAGAGAGCCCACCCUCCACACCAGUUGAGGUGUCUGUUGGGGAGGCAGCGCCAUCAGUGGCCCCUCAGUCUAUCAGAGUGUCAGCUGUGUCUCCCUCCAUCCUGGAAGUGACCUGGGACACCCCACCCCUCGAGACCCAGAAUGGACUCAUCCAAGGAUACAAGAUCCACUACUGGGAGAGGGACAAGCAGAACCAGAGUGAGAAGGUCAAGGUGAUUUUUGUGCCAGACACCUGUGUGCACCUCACCAACCUGACCAGCUACACACCUUACCUGGUCACUCUCACUGCGUUCAACACGGCUGGAGACGGCCCACCCAGUGAACCCCGGGGGACCCGCACUCUGCAGUCUGCUCCCAGCCAGCCCAGCUACCUGUCCUUCUCCGAGGUGACAGGAGGAAGUGUCAAUGUGUCCUGGGGAGCUCCACUCACUCCUAAUGGACAGCUGGAGGGCUACAGGGUCAUCUACCAGCCCACUGGUCCUGUACAAGGAGUGAGUAAAGUGGUGACAGUGGAUGUGAGAGGCAGCUGGCAGAAAUGGCUGAAGGUUCGAGACCUGAUCAAAGGAGUGACAUACACGUUCAACGUUCAGGCACUCACAGUCAGCUAUGGACCACCCAUACAAGCAAACAUCACUGCUCAGCCUGUGCAAGGCUCCCCAGGGUCACCUGCAGACAUCUCCAUCACAAAGACAUCCUCAGCGCUCACUAUCCACUGGUCAGAAGGAGAUAUUGGUGCAGCACCUGUCACCGGAUACGUUAUUGAGGCUCGUCCCUCAGAUGAAGGAGUGUGGGAUUCCUUCAUCAGACUCCUCCCGCCCAGCAGCAGGUCCGUUUCAGUGCCGCUGGAGCGCCUGAGGUCGGGGAUCAGCUACGAGUUCAGAGUCAUCGCUGUUAAUCGCUAUGGUUACGGACAACCAAGUACACCCACUGCUGCUCUCGCUGCGCUGUCAGAGCGUCCGUUCUAUGAGGAGUGGUGGUUCCUAUUGGUCAUGGCUCUGGUGGGACUCAUCCUCAUUCUGGUCCUGGUCUUCACGCUGCUGCUGCAUGGACACAACACCAAGUACAAGGCCUGCGGCACAGGUAAGCACAUGUCCACAGUGGAGGAGUCAGUGACUCUGGACAACGGAGGUUUCACUGCUCUGGAGCUCAACAGCAGAACGCUCAACACCAAGAACUCCUUCCUGAAGAAAAACGGGACCAGGUCUCCUCCCAGGCCCAGUCCAGGUGGUCUUCACUACUCUGACGAGGACAUCUGUAACAACUAUAACGGAGCUGUGCUCACUGAGAGCACCACACUCACAGAGAAACCCACUGAGGUCUCUGAGUCAGAGUUAACGGACAGCGACUACGAGGAUGAGCAGCCCAAACACUCCUUCGUCAACCACUACAUGAGCGACCCCACCUACUACAACUCCUGGAAGCGGCAGCCCAAAGGCCUUAAAGCAAUCGGCGCUCCUUUUGGCUAUGAGGAGUGCGCCGCUGCAGACACAGAGCCCUACUACCAGACCGUGGUCACCCAGCACAGCACAGGCGGCGCAUACACACCCACAGGGCAGCCUGCGCACACACACGUCAACCCCAACACCAACCCGCCGGGGUCACGUACCCCUGUGACGGGAUUCUCCUCAUUCGUUUGACUCUAGAGACAAAAUCUGCACAAAAUGAUACACACACGUACACAAAAUGAAGGAGUUGGUGUGUGUUUGGACUAAAGGAGACAGAGCUUCGGUGGAGAGGGGAGGAAGAGACGGACUAAACCUACACUUCUCACUCGCCUUCUCCCCUAGUUCACAAAGAUCCUCACUGUGUCGACGAGUGUGUGUGUGUGUGUCGCUCUCCCACUCUUCUACGCCUCUGUGUCACUGUGCUUACACACACAGUUACUGUUCUCGUUUCCACACACACACAUUCACACCGGCGUAUAUCACCAGAUGUUCAUGCCUAUUCUAGAGACUCUCUAACAAGAGCUAAGAUCGAUGACUACAUGUUUGUGUAAAUGUCGAGGAGGGAAUUCGACUUGAGCUGGUGGAACCUGGAAUUUUCUGCACAACGCUUCUUCUCUGUUUUCUGUAUUUACACAUAAGUGCACAAAUACACACACAUGCACUUGAUGAUGCCCCAUUUCAGCAUCUCCCACUGGGAGAGAUGAACUUCAGAGUUCAGGAGAAUUAUUAAAACACGGCACAGAAGGGAGCAGCUUUUGUUAAAAGACUGGUUCAUGUACACACACAUGAAUUUCAAAUACCACCACACAAAGGAAAUGAAAAAAAUAACAAUCAAUAGUCACAGUUUUUCGAACUUGAUAAAGGGUGGAGAGUGAGCGUAGGUCGGGGUUCUGCAGAACUUCAGGCAUUCUCAGUGAGAGUGUUGUGUGGUUUCUGAGAGCAAUAUGGGAUGUUAGGUGUUGGAAUAUAUGAAAACCAUGUUGUUGCCCCCCCCCCCCGUGUACCACAGCCUCCCAAGCCAUAAUGCUUGCACUGAGCCGAACCCCACACAUUUCAUCUUAAGUCUGUUAAGAUUUAAUUUUGUACAAGUUUGAGUGUGUGUGUGUGUGUGUGUGUUUGAGUGCGACACGUGUGCGUACAAGCAUGUGGGUGUAAAUGGCUCUAUGCUCAUUUCAUCUGUCUCAGUUGUUCACUGCUAAGCAAAGCGUGCCAUUGUAUGUAUGUUUGUAUUUUUAAGAUGGAUUUUGUACAGGGAAACCCUUUUUACUCGUGUGCUGUUGUAUGUAGUUCGGCCAUGUUUGUGUAACUCCAAGCAAAUAGUGAAACAGCACUGCAGCAAGUCCUCAGCUACACUGACCGAUGAGAGGGGAAAGGAGGAGACGGAGUCGAGAUCGUUUAUCAAGAAUCAAGCUUUUUUUGAAUGAAUGUGGAACACGUUACAGGAUAGUUUUAGAGAAUCAUUCUUGUUCAAACUGAGUGUGAUUGAACGUUGACUCAUAAGGCCCGACUACCUGUACCCUGGCCUCAACCCCAGCAGCCAGGCUGCCACACGCGUACUUUGUACCUCUCUUCAAGUGCAAACAAAAAUCAUCUGUAAGUUUUUACUCAUGUAUAAUUUAAAGAUUCUCCUCCCUCCCUCCCAGCCAGCCAGCAGCCGCCCUCACUCUGUCACGCUUGUUUUGAAUCCCAUACAGUGUGUGAAUAAAUGGUCAUUGUUUAAAAGUGUGUCUUUGUGGUCUGUUUUAGUACUGGAACAGUGAACAUGUCUUUUUGGAUCAUCCCCUACAUUACAUUAACUGAAUUAAAGAGGUGCCUUAAUAUUUUGUAGCUGCCUCAGUGACCCUGAACUGAACUGUCUCACUGAACUAUCGUAACCAGGCCUGUGAGCAUUGUUUGUAUAUUUUAUUAAAGUGGUAAAAGGAGGGAAGGACCAGAGCUUCAUCAGUUGUUGUCUAUUAAUUAUUAGUGUUUCAGUGUUCUGCCCCGUCUGUGAAGGGCCUGUGUGACUGUUCCCUGAAUAAAGUUGUGUAUUCGAGGAAAAUGAUACCAGCAGGGAGUUGAAUUAUUAAACAAUUAUCUAAGAGGUCUUUCAACAGAGGCAAAGUGCACUAACUACAACUGUAGCACACACCUUGUAAACUGUCGUAUGUUAUCAAACAAAGGCUUGGUUCACUCAUAUACCCCUGGUGUUAUGUAGCACAUGCACAUGAUUUUGGUUUUAUUUGUCCAGGUUGUGAGAUAUUUGUCUCUGAGAUGUGUGCCUCCACUCCAAUACAAUGGACGUAAAUGGAAUUUCAUUUGUG